AUGACAGCCCCGCCGCCAUCGACGCCCAUUGCAUCGUCAAUUCUCCCCCUCGAUGCUCUCUUCAAUAACCCCCUCUUUGCCGGGGGUAUCGGCCUCGCAAGUCUGGGAGCCGCCGCCGCAGUCGCACGUCGUACAGUAAUCCGGGGAGCAUCACUGCUCAAACGACGCCUCCUCAUCGAUGUCGAAAUCAGCAAACAAGACCCCUCCUUCCCAUGGGUUCUCGCAUACCUCUCGCAGCCUCGUCCGGCUGGAGGCUUUGUUCAAUCAAGACUGACGCGAAUGCACCAUCUCUCCAUGAACACAGCUUCGCGAUCGAUACACAAUAAACCGUUGCAUGCGCAAUUCCUCCUGCAGCCUGGAUAUGGAAAACAUGUCAUAAGGGUUCAAGAUGCGUAUAUCGCGGUGAACAGAGAGAAGCAUAAUACGGCGAACAUGCAGACGGGGGAGCCACAUGAGACGGUCACUUUCACGACUCUGUAUGCGUAUAGACAUGUAUUUGAGGAUAUAUUUCGGGAGGCACAUCAAUUAGCCGUGCAAGCGCGGGAAGGCAAGACGACGAUGUAUACCGUUGAACAUACGGAAUGGAAACCCUUUGGCGAAGCGCGGAAGAAGAGACCUAUUGAAUCUGUCAUACUAGACCAGGGAAUCAAGGACAGGGUAGUGGCUGAUGUGAAAGAUUUCCUGGCAAGUCAGGAUUGGUACGUGGAUCGGGGAAUUCCUUAUAGAAGGGGAUAUCUUCUAUAUGGACCGCCUGGAAGUGGCAAGAGUUCCUUUAUUCAAGCCCUGGCUGGGGAGUUGGAUUUCGGGGUUUCGAUUAUUGACCUUAGUCAACGGGGCAUCACGGAUGAUAAGUUGGCGCUGAUGUUGACGAAAUUGCCCCCACGAACGAUUCUCCUGCUUGAAGAUGCAGAUUCUGCUUUCGUCAAUAGGAGGAAAAUGGACGCGGAUGGGUAUAAUGGUUCGACUGUUACAUUUUCAGGUUUACUGAAUGCUUUGGAUGGCGUCGCGGCAGGCGAAGAAAGAAUAGCAUUCCUAACAACAAACCACAUCGAUCGACUUGACGAGGCUCUGAUACGACCUGGUCGAGUAGAUAUGACAGUCCGAAUAGGAGAAGCCACAAGAUACCAAGCCGCAGAAAUGUGGAAUAGGUUCUACGGCGAUAUCGACGUCGAUGGCAAAGGUCUGGAGCGUUUCCUGAAACGACUUGAACAGCUUGAACUCAUCGCUGGGGAAGGUAAGCAUACCAAGACUAAGAUGUCCACUAGCACGGCUGCCAUACAGGGACUCUUCUUGUUCAACAAGAAUAAUAUGGAUGGGGCUAUUGAGAUGGCUGAGGGUUUGAUUCCGAGAAAAUAUGUACCGGAAGUUCAGCAGGCUAUGAAGGUUGCUGCGUAG